AUGGCCGAGAUUCCGUCGAACCUUUGGGUGCCUAGAGCCAAGUACUGGAUCUCGCUGAAGUACUUCGUGGUGCUCGGGGUGUGCGCCGCCCUCCUGUGCAUGGGGUGGCCCUCCCAGUACAAGGCGAACACCUCCAAAGCGACACUCAGCCUGGAGGAGGCCUCUGAGAGGGCCGCUGCAAACGCCAAGGCCCGGAAGCAUGGGGUCCGCCAUGGAGCCGUCUUCUGGGAAAUCUCCGAGGGGUCCCGGAAUCUCCUCUUGUCCAUGCUCCUGCUGUGCUGGCUGAGCCUGUGCUCGAAGCUGACCCUCUCAGCUAGCCACGGGGGACAGCUGAGUGCCAAGGCCGGCAUGGCGUGGGAGGCCUGGGACCUUCUCUGGACGUCGGGCCUGCUCCUCUUCUUCUUACAGGCGCUGGUCAUCAGGUUCAGUAGCUCUUGCAGCUACAGUGCCAUGGAUGUGGCCCUGUCGUCUCGAAGCCUCUUUCCCUUCAUGGGGGAUGGCUUCGACGUUGUGAAAGACACAAUGCUUGCGAGCAUGGUGGUGCAGUCGGACAUUCACUGGGUCAGCUACUUAGGAUACCUGGGCCUUGCCUACGUCUGGAUGCUGCACUUCUACUGGCUUUGGCCAGGGGCCUCGGGCAGAGAAAGACUGGAUCGGAGCUACCUGGCCCUUCUCUUUCUACAGCCGCAGCAAGCAGAUGCUCCCCAACCCAGCCUCUCAGAACGGGCCUGUCAAGCAGCUUACAUGGAGAUGGAGCCUUCAAGGCAGAAGGCUUUGCUGCUGGAGGAUGCUCCGCAAGCACUGCUCUUGCUAUCUGUGGGCGUGACGAAGCCUUUUGCCUUGGCGAUGAACCUUCUGAUCCCCGGCCUCCGGCUCUUGGCCGCCACACGCCUUCACAACUCCAUCGCCUGGCAGGUGCGCCAGUGGUUGCUACAGGAAGCCCUCGCUGCCUCGGAUUUCCCAGGCCCAGAAACUCUCAAAAACCGCUACGCAGAGUCGCUUUGCAGCUUGCAACUGCUGCACAGCAACUUUUGGGAGAGUUUCGACGAAGACCUCCGGAGCACUGCACAAAGAGCAGCCAAGAAGUCACAGAAGCCGACCUUGAUCACGGAGUGGGUGAAGCUUCAAGAACUUCAAGUGACGCCAGAGCUCGAGCUCUUCCCUGAUGCUGCGCUGACUCUUCGUCACCUUCGCCUACGUCCUGUAGCCCUGAAGAUUCCAAGUACUGCCCCAGCUACGACGUGCAUUGAAAAGUGCAUGAGGCCUGUACUCCUGAUCGACCGGGACCAGAAUAAGAAAGAGUUCCCUGAAGCCAAAGCUGACUGGGAAGUCCUUCUGAGACUGCAGGGUUCUCCGCUUUUUCUGUGUGACCAUGGUGUUGCUGCAGUCGUGGCGCUCUUGCUGCGCCUGGGCCCGGGCUAUCGGAAGCUCCGACUCACCAUGCAACUGGGUGGCCACGUGGGGUUGAUCAAGCAUGGCUUUGAAGGAAAGCGGCAGACCAGCGACAUCUCAGCUUUGCCAACUCAGUGCUUGAGCGCCUUACUCCAAGGACUGGGAAAGAGCGCCCACAUCCGCACGGUCAUCCUCGACUUGGCUGAGAUGUAUCAAGAGACAGACCCGUCCAAGCCCUUCCUGCAGGGGCUAAGGCAUCUGGUGGAGGUGACAGAGCUCGAAAUCAACUUGCGCCAGACGCGAAUGGACGACGCAAGUUGCCAUGCUCUUGCCGAGUCGCUUUGCUGCCUACUUCAGGUCAGCCAACUGAGACUGGAUCUCAGUGGGAACUAUGAUCAACGGCUCUCCUGCCGUAGCCUACGCAUCUCGGAACGCGGUCGUUCCGCCAUCAUCGACAGCGUGGCGAAACUACAUAAGCUCAAACGGUUCGAGCUCCUCUGUGAUUUAAGGGAUCCCUACGAGGUCCGAGAUACAGAGCUCGAGGAGUACCAUAGCAAGCUUCGGCACAUCCCCGAUGUGCGAGUCGACUACGCGGAAGCGUGA